AUGAUUUUGAUGAAUAUUCUAUUUGUAUUAAAUAGUUGUUUUUGCUGUUAUAUAGUUAAAAAUGACUAUUUUGAAAACGAGUAUAUAUUGGAAGAGGAUGAAGAAAUAACAGAAGCAAUAAAAAACUGUGAGAAUAUAAAAAUUUUUAUGAUAAAAAACGUGCCAUUGAUCUUAAAAUUAGUUGAAAGUAAAUAUCUUAAAAAGAAAGAAAAAGAGGCUGAACAACAAAAUUCAUGUGAAAAUUUAAAUGAUGAAAAUACAAAAGAAGUAAAUGAAGAUAAAACUAUAAAAAUCAUUGAAAAUACAGAAGAAACUAAUUUAAUAUUAAGUCAAUUAACUAAAAAUUUUUUUAACUUCAAAAUUAAUUUUUUAGAAAGAAACAUAUCUUUUGAUGAAGUGUUGACUAUAGAAGAAUGUAUUUAUAACUUUAUAAAAUAUUUAAAUAAUGUUGCAAGUAAUGCAUUUGAUAGAUAUAAAAUUUUAAUUAUAAAAAAAGCCUUGAAAGAUAAAAUAUUCGAAUUAGAUAAUUCAAAAUGUUUGGUAAAUCUUGGUUUUAGCUGUAUUAAUCAAAUUUUUGAUUCAAUUUUAGAAAAUCAUGAUGAUUUUAAAACUUCUAAAAAUUUUUCAUUAUUAGAAUUUUAUAUUGAUUUUUCAACGUUCUAUAAUUUUUUUAAAAACAUUAUUGAGUAUUAUAGUUAUUUAAGACCCUACUUAAAAUUUAUGAUAGAAGCAAGAAAGAAAAUGUUGCAUUCAUAUUCACUUAAAGCUCCAAAUUUUAAACCAUCAUUUAAUUGUGAUGAUGAAUGUUUACCCAGAAUUGAACAUCCAUAUAAAGAGACAAUUUUAAAUUUAUAUAAAAAAAGUAAUUCUAUUAUAUCGGAAAUUAAUGAAAGUGAAAACAUCAAAGAUUUUUUUAAUGAAUUAUCAAAAUAUUUUGUUAAACUAAUUAUAUUACUUGAAAAAUAUAAUGAUACAUAUAAUAAUGAGAUAUUUAGAUUUUCAAUUAAACAUUGGAUAUUUGAUGAUAAUUAUAAUGACUGUAAUGAAGUAAGAAAAAAUAUUGUACUUACAUAUUUAAAACUUACAGAUUUUAUUUUUAAAAGAAGUAACAUUUUUAAUUUAUAUUUUAAUCACAUUGGAACUACUUAUGAUAAAAGUUUUCCAGUAAACGAAAUUUUAUCUUCUUGUUUUAGAAAUCAAAAAGUGUUCUUUAGUGGUUAUAAUAGUGAGUACAUACACCGUUUUCUAUCUGAAAACUUUAAAUUUAAACACAAUAGUUAUAAAUAUUUUAAUAUUAAUUGCCAAUUUAAUCAUUUAAUAUUUUUACAAUAUGAAACAUUAUCGUAUGCCUUGAUAAAUCCUUCACUUACUAGGUAUUUACCAGUUUAA